CCUGCCCGCCCCCCGCGCCUGCUCUGCUCUCGUCCCGCACCGGGUCCUAAAACUGGGCCCAGGGAAGUGAAGCGGUAGCCCGGCCGCUGAGCCUAGCGAGUCGAACCGCAGCCGACACCCGCAACACCGUGCGGCAGCAGCAUGAGCAUGCGCGGCCUAGCCCUCGGCCUCCUGCUGAUGUAUUUUCACAGUCCUGUGUUUGGUAUGGAGAAUGUGGAAUAGCAACUGGAGAUAAGAGGUACAAUUGCAAAUAUUCUGGGCCACCAAAACCAUUGCCAAAGGAUGGCUAUGACUUAGUGCAGGAACUCUGUCCAGGAUUCUUCUUUGACAAUGUCAGCCUCUGUUGUGAUGUUCAGCAGCUUCAGACACUGAAAGACAACCUGCAGCUGCCUCUACAAUUUCUUUCCAGAUGUCCAUCUUGUUUUUAUAACCUAAUGAACCUGUUUUGCGAGCUGACAUGCAGCCCUCGUCAAAGUCAGUUUCUGAAUGUUACAGCAACUGAAGAUUAUGUUGAUCCUGUUACAAACCAGACAAAAACGAAUGUGGAAGAGUUACAGUACUAUGUUGGACAGAGUUUUGCCAAUGCAAUGUACAAUGCCUGCCGUGAUGUGGAAGCCCCUUCAAGUAAUGACAAGGCCCUGGGAUUCCUGUGUGGGAAGGAUGCUGAUGCCUGCAACGCCACCAACUGGAUUGAGUACAUGUUCAGUAAGGACAAUGGACAGGCACCAUUUACCAUCACUCCCAUUUUUUCAGAUCUUCCAGUCCAUGGGAUGGAGCCAAUGAACAAUGCCACCAAAGCCUGCAGCGAGUCUGUGGAUGAAGUCACAGGGCCAUGCAGCUGCCAGGACUGCUCUGUCAUGUGCGGCCCCAAGCCCCAGCCCCCACCCCCUCCUGUUCCCUGGAGGAUCUUCGGUUUAGAUGCCAUGUAUGUCGUCAUGUGGAUCACCUACAUGGCAUUUUUGCUUGUGUUUUUUGGAGCAUUUUUUGCAGUGUGGUGCUACAGAAAACGCUAUUUUGUCUCUGAGUAUACGCCAAUUGAUAGCAAUAUAGCUUAUUCUGUUAAUGCCAGUGACAAAGGGGAGGCAUCCUGCUGCGAUCCACUUGGCGCAGCAUUUGAGGGCUGUUUGAAGCGACUGUUCACACAGUGGGGAUCUUUCUGCGUCCGAAACCCUGGCAGUAUCAUUUUCUUCUCGCUGGUCUUCAUUGCUGCGUGUUCUUCAGGCCUGGUGUUUGUCCGGGUUACAACCAAUCCAGUUGAUCUCUGGUCAGCCCCCAACAGCCAGGCUCGCCUAGAGAAAGAGUACUUUGAUGCACACUUUGGGCCUUUCUUCCGGACGGAGCAGCUCAUCAUUCAGGCUCCCCACACCGACAGACACACUUACAAGCCCUACCCCUCAGGAGCUGAUGUGCCCUUUGGACCUCCACUUGACCUUGAGAUUUUGCACCAGGUUCUUGACUUGCAAACAGCCAUCGAAAACAUUACUGCAUCGUAUAACAAUGAGACUGUGACACUCCAAGACAUCUGCUUGGCCCCUCUCUCACCCUAUAACAAGAACUGUACCAUUAUGAGUGUAUUAAAUUACUUCCAGAACAGCCACUCCAUGUUGGACCACAAGAUAGGGGAUGACUUUUUUGUGUAUGCCGAUUACCACACGCACUUUCUGUACUGUGUACGGGCUCCUGCCUCUCUGAAUGAUACAAGUUUGCUCCAUGAUCCUUGUCUGGGUACGUUUGGUGGGCCAGUGUUCCCAUGGCUUGUGUUAGGAGGCUACGAUGAUCAAAACUAUGGUAAUGCCACUGCCCUUGUGAUUACCUUCCCUGUCAAUAAUUACUACAACGAUACAGAGAAGCUCCAGCGGGCCCAGGCCUGGGAAAAAGAGUUUAUUAAUUUUGUGAAAAACUACAAGAAUCCAAAUCUCACUAUUUCUUUCACUUCUGAACGAAGUAUUGAAGAUGAACUCAAUCGUGAGAGUAACAGUGAUGUCUUCACUGUUGUAAUUAGCUAUGCCAUCAUGUUUCUGUAUAUCUCCCUGGCCUUGGGGCACAUCAAGAGUUGUCACAGGUUUCUGGUGGAUUCUAAAAUCUCCUUGGGCAUUGCAGGAAUCCUGAUUGUGUUGAGCUCAGUGGCCUGCUCACUGGGCAUCUUCAGCUACAUUGGGGUCCCACUGACCCUCAUUGUGAUUGAAGUCAUCCCGUUCCUGGUGCUGGCUGUUGGGGUGGAUAACAUCUUCAUUCUGGUGCAGACCUACCAGAGAGAUGAACGCCUUCAAGGGGAGACCCUGGAUCAACAGCUGGGCAGGGUCCUAGGAGAAGUGGCUCCCAGUAUGUUCCUGUCGUCCUUUUCUGAAACUGUAGCAUUUUUCUUAGGAGCACUGUCCAUGAUGCCAGCUGUUCACACAUUCUCUCUGUUUGCGGGAAUGGCCGUCCUAAUUGACUUUAUUCUUCAAAUGACCUGUUUUGUGAGUCUCUUGGGGUUAGACAUUAAACGUCAAGAGAAUAAUCAGCUGGACAUCCUUUGCUGUGUCAGAGGUGCUGAAGAUGGAACAGGCGUUCAGGCCUCAGAGGGCUACCUGUUUAGCUUCUUCAAAAACUUCUACUCUCCACUUCUCCUAAAGGACUGGAUGCGACCAAUUGUGAUAGCGAUGUUUGUGGGAGUUCUCUCGUUCAGUAUUGCAGUCUUGAACAAAGUAGAAAUUGGAUUGGAUCAGUCUCUUUCAAUGCCAGAUGACUCCUACGUAGUGGAUUAUUUCAAAUCUCUCAGUCAGUACCUGCAUGCAGGUCCACCUGUGUACUUUGUCCUGGAGGAAGGACAUGACUAUACUUCUCUGAGAGGGCAGAACAUGGUGUGCGGCGGGACGGGCUGUGACAACAACUCCCUGGUGCAGCAACUGUUCGACGCGGCCCAGCUGGACAGCUAUACCCGAAUAGGCUUUGCGCCCUCGUCCUGGAUCGAUGAUUACUUUGACUGGGUGAAGCCACAGUCUUCUUGCUGUAGAAUCUAUAAUAUCACUGACCAAUUCUGCAACGCCUCAGUGGUCGACCCUGCCUGUGUCCGCUGCAGGCCUCUGACUCCGGAGGGCAAACAGAGGCCUCAGGGUGGAGACUUCAUGAGGUUCUUGCCCAUGUUUCUUUCUGAUAACCCCAACCCCAAGUGUGGCAAAGGGGGACAUGCUGCUUACAGUUCGGCAGUUAACCUCCUCAACAAUGGCACUGGUGUGGGCGCCACAUACUUCAUGACCUACCACACCGUGCUUCAGAACUCCACUGACUUUAUUGAUGCUAUGAAGAAAGCUCGGCUCAUAGCCAGUAACAUCACCGAGACUAUGGGAAUCAACGGUAGUAAUUACCGGGUCUUCCCAUACAGUGUGUUUUACGUCUUCUAUGAACAGUACCUGACCAUUAUCGAUGACACGAUCUUCAACCUCGGCGUGUCCCUGGGAGCCAUAUUUUUGGUGACCAUGGUCCUCCUGGGCUGUGAGCUGUGGUCUGCGGUCCUCAUGUGUGCCACCAUUGCCAUGAUCGUGGUCAACAUGUUCGGAGUCAUGUGGCUGUGGGGCAUCAGUCUGAAUGCGGUUUCCUUGGUCAACUUGGUGAUGAGCUGUGGCAUUUCCGUGGAGUUCUGCAGCCACAUAACGAGAGCAUUUGCAGUGAGCACGAAGGGAAGCCGCGUGGCCCGCGCAGAGGAGGCGCUUGCCCACAUGGGCAGCUCUGUGUUCAGUGGAAUCACACUUACAAAAUUUGGAGGAAUUGUGGUAUUGGCCUUUGCAAAAUCUCAGAUUUUCCAGAUAUUUUACUUCAGGAUGUAUUUAGCUAUGGUGUUACUGGGAGCCACUCAUGGAUUAAUAUUUCUCCCUGUCUUACUCAGUUACAUAGGACCAUCAAUAAAUAAAGCCAAAAGUCGCACCACUCAAGAUCGAUACAAAGGUACAGAGCGAGAACGACUCCUAAAUUUCUAGCCCUCUUCCUGAGUUUGGUGACUCUGAACUACGUCUGAGGGUUGAUGUGACCACUGGACAGCAGCUGCAUCACCAAGGCUAUUUAACAUCAGCAGCUUUGGACAUAGCGCUUUUAAACUCAGGAAUGUAUGUCUGACUUGUGAAGCAGUAUUACUAAAUUGGACAGCAACCACAGGACGCUAAAGCCUCUCCCAGCUUCUUAGGAAAGAAACCUCAUUCUUCAGCAAGUGGGAGGUGACACCAGAAUGGCUGUGAACAUGAUCUGCUCAGUGACACUUUUUAAUGGCCAGUCAAUGCACUGUCUCCUGUUUUUAGGAGUAAGCCAUCACACAAGUUCUAUACCAUAUUUUUAGUAACAUUUAAGGAUAUUGUAGAUACACUUUAUUAAAACAUUUUGUAGUUUAAAGAGCUUUAUUAAUGCAAUAAAUUAACUUUGUACACAUUUUUUAUAUAUAAAAAAAAAAAACUAGCAAGUAAUUUCAGAACGUGGUAGGCCUCAUUAGAGCUUGGUCUCCAAAAACCUGUUUGAAAAAGGCAACAUGUUCUUCACAGUGUUCACCUGUAAAGGAAAAUACAGAUUUCAACAACAUUAGGUGUGGCAAGGAGAGAGGAAAACGAGAAUGUAGGUCAUAGGUGUGUCUACUGAGUUUUAACUUAAUAAAAGUCAUUGUUUUCUUAAACUU